AGGGGAGGUGGCUUACAAAAGGAGCAGGGCCUGCCUGCUUCCAUAGGAGACUGUGGAGGCAUCUCUGAAGCUGCCCCACCAUGGCUAGCCGGACCUUGCUGUUCCUUGCCGCAGUGCUCCUGAACCCCUCAGGUCUGGCCUUCUCUGGUGUGGGCCCAGAGCACCAUGACCCGGCGACAGCCCACUGGUGUGAGGGUGAGCAGUUGCGCCAGGACCUGGCCCAGGAGCGCCCUCAGGGUGACCUGUUUGCUCAGAGGAAGGAGCUGAGCUGGGGCUGCAAGCCCUGUCAGAAGAUCAUGCAGAAGUUGGAGGACAUGGUGGGGGAACAGCCUAACGAGGAAACCAUCGCCCAGGCUGCUUCCAAGGUGUGUGGCAAGAUGGGGCUGCUGAGAGGCAUCUGUAAGAGGAUCAUGAGGACAUUUCUGCGUCUCAUUAGCCGGGACAUCAUGGCCGGCAAAAGCGCCCAGGAGGUCUGCGUGGACCUCAAGAUAUGCAAACCUGCAGGUCCCAGGCGAGGCUUCUGACCAUCCUGACGAAGAAGUGCAGAGGGCUGGCUUCUGUCCUCAGAGCCUGGGAACCUCGCCACCUCCGCAGGCUCCUCCCUUCUAGCUCAAGUCUCCCCUCAGCCUUCGUCCCCCACUCCCUUCCACUGCCCCCUCUGGAGAAUAAAGUGUCAGGUGACGUGCCACACGGUUUCGCCUCCUUUGGUG